AUGAACCACUCCACUGAGACCCUGGUAACAGAAUUCAUCUUGCUGGGCUUCCCAGAGCUGUGCCACCUUCGGGGGCUGCUUUCCGGGUUAUUCCUCACGAUCUACCUGGUGACCAUCCUGGAGAACCUGGUCAUCAUGCUGACCAUCCGAGCCAGCCAGCAACUGCACACACCCAUGUACUUCUUCCUGGCCAACCUGUCCGUGCUGGAGACCCUCUGCACCUCGGUCACCAUCCCCAAGCCGCUGGCUGGCCUCCUAGCACAGGUGAGGACCAUCUCCUUCUCAGGAUGCCUCACCCAGCUGUGUCUCUUCCUCUCGCUCGGCUCCUCUGAGGGCUUCCUCCUGGCCACCAUGGCCUGUGACCGGUACCUGGCCAUCUGUCGCCCGCUGCACUACCCAGCCACCAUGAACUGGCAGCUCUGUCUGUGCCUGGCCCUCAGCGCGUGGCUGGGCGGCUUCCUGGCCUCUUUCGUGUCCAUGGCUCUCAUCUCCCGCCUCAGGUUCUGCGGCCCCAAUGUCCUCAACCACUUCUUCUGCGACAUCUCACCCCUGCUGCAGCUCUCCUGCUCUGACACCACUACCAUCGAAAUUCUGGACUUCGUGGCAGCCCUGGCUGUGCUUGCAACCUCCCUGCUGGUGACCAUGGUCUCCUAUGCACACAUCCUGGUCACAGUGCUGAGGAUCCCGGGCUGGGCCGGGCGCCAGAAAGCCUUCUCCACCUGUGCCUCCCACCUGGUGGUGGUGGCCACCUUCUACACCACCACCAUUUUCAUGUACGCCCGGCCUCACGCUGCCAGCUCCUUCGACAUCAACAAGCUGGUGUCCGUGAUCUACUCAGUUGUGACACCACUGCUCAACCCCAUCAUCUACUGCUUGCGGAAUCGAGAUGUCAGGGAGGCUCUGACUAAACUCCUCUGA